AUGCCAACUGACCGGUUACAGACAGGGAAGCAAAACUCUAAUCUGCAUCUUAGUUACAAAAACUGGACACAGAUCUUCUCCCGAACGAGUCUUCGUAGAGAUUCGUCGCCUCCACUCAUUCGUCGGUCAAAACCAAGCAAAUGUUACAAAGUGUCCCCACGAAUUCCGCAACAGAAUUCCAUUUUUCAGUCGACGCAAAGCGAAAUUCUACGAACAAUACAUACUACUCGCGUAUAUGUGGACGGUGUGGAUAUCCGUACGGUACCACUAUCCGUACUCCGCUCUCGAAUUCUGUCUAUUUGUCAAGAGCCGUUUCUUUUUUCUGGGACACUUCGGGAUAAUCUGGAUCCCGAAGGGAUUAUUCCAAAUGCAGUGCUACACCAAGUCCUUUUUAAUUGCCAGCUGGCUACAACCGUUGAAGAGGCGAAUACUUGGCUGGAGAGAGAUGUCGGAGAAGCGGGGCGAGAUAUAUCUGCUGGUCAACGGCAGCUGAUCUGUCUGGCUCGUGCUUUGCUUCGUCAACCACGACCCCAAAUUAUAUGCUUGGAUGAAGCCACAGCUGCUGUAGACUACAAAUCGGAGGAAGCUAUUCAUGAUGUACUUGAUCGCGAAUUUGAGGGAACAACUUUGCUGUUGAUUGCUCAUCGCCUAUCCUCUGUGAAACGCCUGUGUUCGCGGGUGCUCGUUAUGGACUCUGGCCAAAUUGUCGCGGAGGGUGAUCCAGAACGACUGCUUGCAAAUGGACGCAUUCAAAUUGAAUCUGCAGAAAACACAGAUCUGAUCCGGUUGUGAAAGUUCGUAGUUUACGUAUUUUUGAACUGCUUCCCGUUGAUUGCGUCCCUAUUCG